AUGGCAAGCAACAGGUAUCAAUACAAGCCAUUGACUGAACAUGAUUCGAUUCGGCUUCUGGGUUUAUCACCUUCUGUUGAUACAACAGCUGAUAUACAUUGCGCCUUAUUGACAACCACGUUAGGCAAAUGGGAUAACGAUACGUUUAAUGGAUAUACAGCCCUAUCUUAUGUUUGGGGUGACCCGGAAAAGAAGAAAGUGAUAUACAUCGGCCACGAAGUUAUUGGGAUCACAGUUAACCUGGAUUCCGCCCUGCGUGAUAUCCGUGACCCUUUGAUGAAACAAUAUUUAUGGAUAGACGCGAUCUGUAUUGACCAGGCGAAUUCUUCCGAGAAGAGUAAGCAAGUGAUACAAAUGGCAAAAAUUUAUCAGAUCGCUCGAAACACAAUUAUUUAUCUUGGGGAGUCUACCGAAUCAUCGACACUGCUUCUGGGAGCAAUUUCACGUUUCUGCAAACAGAAGCCAGGCCAUGUAAGGUCAAAAGGGUUGUCAGAUUUUUUGUUCAACGACACUGCUGCUCAUACGGAAGAGCAUAAUGAAAAGGCGUGGAAACUCGUCUUGGAACUAUUGGAGCGACCUUGGUUCACCAGAGUCUGGGUAUUUCAAGAGUUGCUCUUUUCAGUGGACCCAUGGGUGCAGUGUGGACGACACCGUGUCAGUUGGGGACACCUUUCCCAGGUCACCAAAGCAAUAGCGAUUUUCUUCGCUGCCUUCGAACAACCGGAGGCAUACCGUGUAUUUGCUGCGAUGAAUAAAGAACGAAGCAAUUUCAAUUCAAUUAGAAGACCCUCCAAGACUUUGGCAGAGAAUCUGAUCAGCUUUUUGACGGUCAGAAGGGGACUGGGAGCUUCUGAUCCUCGCGAUAUGGUCUUUGCACACAAAGGUAUCGUGCAGGCCUCGCCAUAUCAGAAUUACCUUGAGGCAGAGGAUAUAGCGAUUGAUUAUUCCAAGAGCGUAGAGAAAGUCUUCGCAGAUUUAGCUUGCCACUGCUUGAAGACAUUUCCAGAUCACAGCAGAUUGGAGAUUUUGUCAUAUAAAGAAAACCACAAUGAUUGGCGGGCUAAGGAGAACGAACUCGAGGUACCUUCAUGGGUACCUAACUGGACAGUGAAAGGGUUUCCGCAUCCUUACCGACGUCUACGAGAAAUGGAACAUAUGUGGGGCAGCACUGUGCCCCCUAUUCUGUCUGAAGUACAAGUGCACACUUCCCCGACUUUAUAUACGUGGAUGAAUACGUCUCUCGUAUGCUCUGGCUGGCGGGCAGGCAACAUUACAAAGGUUUCUAGUGCUAUCACUCUAGUUCAAGCUGGCUGGAAGUUACCAAAAGAAUAUCUUUUUCGUCUAUUUUUAGGAGGAAAUUCACGCCAAAAGAUCUGGAUUCAUGCACUGACUGAAUUGUAUCGCCACUGGUGUGAUGUCUUAGGACCGCUUUAUAGUGAUGCCAACAUCAUGAAAUCAAACUCCGAUGACUCUGCAUCGAGUCGUCCACAACUACUCAUUGAUUUGUUCAAAGCGCAAUCACAGAGUCUUAGAAUGAAAAGAAUUGACGAAAUUGCCCAGACUCUUUCUCCAUACGAAAUACUUCCAACGAUGGUUAACGGAUUCUUCCAGAGAAACUGGGGGAAUGCGAGCCUGUUCGCUUCUACCAUGAGUGUUAUCAUAUGGGCCCAUGCCGUUAUUUUUGAACAUGGAAAAGCUGAAACUGCCUUUUCAGAGGUCCUUUACGACAGAAGGUUUGCCACACUCGAAGAUGGAACUCUAGUUUUAGUGCCAGUGACAGCUAUGAUAGGAGAUGUUGUUUGCUGGCUAAGUCCCGAUCUAACCACUCCUUUUGUUCUUCGGGAAAAAGCUGGGCCACCUGCAAUUUCAGAAAACACGAUUAAAGAUCUUGGUCUCCCACUUUUGAGAGAUUCUGAGCCUGCAUAUUCAGAAUAUGCCUUUGUGGGCGAAUGUCACAUCGACACUUCGAUCUACAGCCACGGUCAGGAAUCAACUCGGUUAAAUAUCACAAUACCUCGAUCAACUAUCACAAAACCUCGAUCAACUAACCUUGACACAAAACCUCGCUCAACACAAAACGAUUAUUUCGGACAGAACCCUGGUCUUAGCAACCACCAUAAGCUUGAGACGUUUCUCAUAAGCUAA